AUCGCCAUCGCCGAGCAGACCAAGGAGCAGGGGCCGCUGCAGCCGAUCAUCGACCUCGUGCCCGACAACAUCUUCGCGGCCGCGACCAACAACACGGCGAUGCUGCAGGUCAUCGUCUUCGUAUUGCUGUUCGGCGUGGCGCUGGUGAUGACGCCCGAGGAGAAGUCGGGGCCGGUGAAGGCGUUCUUCGACGGGCUCAACGAAGUGGUGAUGCGCCUGAUCGACCUGAUCAUGCUCGCCGCGCCGAUCGGCGUCUUCGCGCUCUUGGCGGCGCUGGUGGCCGAGACCCCUUCGUGGGACGUCUUCAAGGCGCUGCUUUACUACAGCCUGUGCGUGAUGUUCGGGCUGAUGAUCUUGGUGUUCGGUUUCUACCCGACGCUGGCCCGCGUCUUCGCCGGCGUGAAGUACGGGCACUUCUUCCGCAGCCUGGCGCCGGCCCAGCUCUUGGCGUUCAGCACCAGCAGCUCGGCCGCGACGCUCCCGGUGACGAUGGAGUGCACGCAGGAGCACCUCGGCGUGGAUGAAGAGGUGGCGAGCUUCGUGCUGCCGAUCGGCGCCACGGUGAACAUGGACGGCACCAGUCUCUACCAAGCCGUCGCCGCGGUGUUCAUCGCCCAGGCGUUCGGCAUCGACCUGACGCUCGGCGAUCAGCUAUCGAUCGUCCUCACCGCGACGCUCGCCUCGAUCGGCACCGCCGCGGUCCCUAGCGCCGGCAUCGUGAUGCUGGUGAUCGUGCUGGGAACGCUCGACGUGCCCGAGCAAGGGAUCGCUCUGAUCUUCGCCGUCGAUCGCGUCCUCGACAUGAGCCGCACCGUGGCGAACGUCACAAGCGACGCGACGGUGGCGACGCUCGUGGCGAAGAGCGUGGGGUUGUUGCACGACCGGCCGGAGGAGCGACGGUUGGAAUCGUAUCGCAGGUGCUGCUGGUAUGUGCUCGUGGCGGCGCCGAUUGUCAUCGCGACGUACUGGUGGCUUGCGGUUCCCGCGAAAGGGAUUGCGAUCGAGGAAGCAAUCGGAGCAUCGAUUGGCCUCGGCAUGAUCGCUUGUCUCGUGGCGUUGCCUCCUUUUUCGUGGCGGCUCACGAUCGACGAGCGUGGAUGGCGACGACGCUUUCUGGGUAUCGAGACGCUCUGGCCCUGGGCCGACUUUGAAAACGGCCAGAUCGUCGCUGCCGGCGCGUCCUAUCGCCAUCGACAACGCUCGUGGUGGAAUCCCUGGAACUCAAUCCACGUCGGCUACCUCACGGAGGACGACCUCACCGCGGUGAUGGCGACGAUCGACCCCUUUUUCCCGACCGAGUCGCCUCCGGAGCCGCCCGACGAAAUCUUGAUCCGUCUGUUGGGUGAGCGGAUCCGGCUUGACGACAACGGGGUCCAUGUCGAGAACCGCCGUGGCGGAGCCAGCUAUAGCUGGUCCGAGGUGAUCACCGUGGAUGUGCUGCGUGGCAACGGCAAGAGCGCCGGAUUCUCGAUGCUCGAGGUUGUGCUACCGGGGCGGGUCGUGACGCUCCGCAAUGUCAAAGGCAAGACGGCUGGCUUCUCAAACCCCGCGCCGGCAGUGAUCGCGGAGUUUCUUCGUCGGCGUGUGAACGACAGUCGGUUCUCCGUUUCGCUGGACGGUGAGCCGAUGGCAAGUCUUGCCUUAGUGAAACGACGGGCGGCCGCCGCUCAUCGUGGUCUCAAAGAGCUGCGUUGGUGUUUCGGAGCCCUGUCGGCUGCGUUCGUUGCGAUGGUCUUCUGGAUGAUCCUGGACAAGCAGUCGUUGUUGCCGCUGGUGUUUCUCGUUUGGUUGCUGCCGAUAGUUUGGGUCUGGAUGAAAUCGGAACGACACGCCGCCCAAUGGCGAGAGCACGAAAAGGACGACCGUUGGCGCACGGCGUCGCCACCGCGGCUGGAGAUGUGA